AUGCACCUCGCCCGCAGUCGCUCUGCUACGUUCACAUCCGCUUGACUCGCCACUGUUGGAAAAAGGACUUUGUGGAAGUGCAGCGAUGUCAGUCCAGGUUGUGGCAGUGAAAAUGGCAGAGGUCGAACUCAAAGACGUCCCCAGCGGCAAGGGGCUGCCGGCCGAGUCUCCUGUGACACCCACGUCGGAGGGCAAGAGCCUCGGCCGGGGCGACCUCCACGAGGCCGGCUCCUCCGCCGCCGCGUCCCCGACAGCAGAGCCCUCCGUGAAAGCCGGGGACAGCAGCCCGGGCUUGCUCACUCCGAACCCCGCGAAGAUGCCGCAGGCAUCGGCUAUGAAGCGCACGGACCCGCAGCAGAACGGCGGGGAGGCUUUUGUCAACCGUGACGGGACCGUCGCCGAGGCUCCGCGGAUGAAGAAGAUCCAGUUUGCCGACCAGAAACAGGAGUUCAACAAGCGCCCGUCCAAGAUCGGCCGGCGCUCUCUGUCCCGCUCCAUCUCCCAGUCCUCCACAGACAGCUACAGCUCAGCGGCAUCAUACACAGACAGCUCAGACGAUGAGACGUCUCCUCGGGACAAACAGCAGAAGAACUCCAAGGGCAAUGGAGACUUCUGCAUCAAAAACAUCAAACAGGCCGACUUCGGACGCAGAGAGAUCGAGAUCGCUGAGCAAGAGAUGCCAGCACUGAUGGCUCUGAGGAAGCGAGCCCAGGGGGAGAAACCUCUCGCCGGUGCCAAGGUGGUUGGCUGCACCCAUAUCACUGCCCAGACUGCUGUGCUGAUGGAGACUCUGUCAGCUCUGGGCGCUCAGUGCAGAUGGGCAGCCUGCAACAUCUACUCCACCCAGAACGAAGUAGCAGCUGCCCUGGCAGAGGGAGGUUUCAGUGUAUUUGCGUGGAAGGGUGAGUCGGAGGAUGACUUCUGGUGGUGCAUCGAUCGCUGUGUCAACGUGGAAGGCUGGCAACCCAACAUGAUCCUGGAUGAUGGCGGAGACCUGACUCAUUGGAUUUAUAAAAAAUACCCAAAUAUGUUCAAGAAGAUCAAGGGCAUCGUAGAGGAGAGCGUCACCGGUGUGCACAGGUUGUAUCAGCUGUCCAAGGCAGGGAAGCUGUGCGUCCCAGCCAUGAACGUCAAUGACUCUGUGACCAAGCAGAAGUUUGACAACCUCUACUGCUGCAGAGAGUCCAUCUUAGACGGCUUGAAGAGAACCACUGAUGUCAUGUUCGGGGGAAAACAGGUGGUGGUCUGUGGAUACGGAGAGGUUGGCAAAGGCUGCUGUGCUGCCCUCAAAGCGAUGGGCUCCAUCGUCUAUGUCACAGAGAUCGACCCCAUCUGUGCCUUGCAGGCCUGCAUGGACGGAUUCAGGCUGGUGAAGCUGAAUGAAGUAAUCAGACAAGUGGACAUCGUGAUCACCUGCACAGGCAAUAAGAACGUGGUGGUGAGAGAGUACCUGGACCGCAUGAAGAAUGGCUGCAUUGUCUGCAACAUGGGACACUCCAACACUGAGAUCGAUGUGACAAGCCUGCGGACUCCGGAGCUGACCUGGGAGAGGGUGCGCUCUCAGGUGGACCAUGUCAUCUGGCCCGAUGGCAAGAGGAUAGUGCUGCUGGCUGAGGGUCGACUGCUGAACCUCAGCUGUUCCACUGUGCCUACUUUUGUGCUUUCCAUCACUGCCACGACACAGGCGCUGGCUCUGAUAGAGUUGUACAAUGCCCCAGAGGGACGCUACAAGCAGGAUGUUUACCUGCUGCCCAAGAAGAUGGAUGAGUAUGUGGCCAGCCUACAUCUGCCUACGUUCGACGCACAUCUCACAGAGCUGUCAGACGAGCAGGCCAAGUAUCUGGGCUUGAACAAGAACGGACCCUUUAAGCCAAACUACUAUAGGUAUUAAACCAGUGUGGGAGUCGGACUGUGGAAAUACGAAUUCUCCAUGAAUCGCACAGACUUGCAGAGGAGGACGGAGAGGAGGACAGAAUAGUCAACACACUUGCUUUAUAUUCAUGGGGAGGAAGGGGGGAGCUCCGACCGAGCCUGAAGAAGAAGGGGCGUUGGCGGAGAGGAGUGAUUUUCACAUGCUUAUGGCGGCCGUUUUAUUUAUUCAUGCUUGACGACAAUAAUAAUAACAUUAACUCUUAACUCUGCGGAGCUGCUCCUGCCAUUCGCCACUAGCUAGCUCCCCCAGCGUCGUUUUCUUCUGGGAGAUGUUUUACUUCCCUUCCGCUCGGCGUCACACCACCACUUUCUCGUUCUCUUUAGACGCUCAUUUGUGUGUCGAGUUUUGCGUAAACCCCUUCAUCCUCCCCUCCCCAUUGCCAGAUCUUUUAUUGUUUAACUAUUAAAGAUGAAAUUAUUGAUGCUAAAAAAUAUAUAUACUAUAUAAAAAAAACUUGAUUAAAAAAAAUCUGUGUGAAUGAAGGUGACCUUUUGAAGAUUUAGUGACGGAAACUUUUUCCUGUCCUUUUUUUGUUGUCUUUCUUUUCUACUUGUAAUUAUGUUUUUGUUUUCUCUUGUGUAAUAUUUGCGAGGGCGGGGUCCAAUCAUAUCAGUCAUUUCUUUCAUCAUUUUAUUGAGAUUCACAGUCGUAUCUGUUUUUAAACACUUUGUAUUAUGCGGUUUGGUUCUUUCCGAGCAGCCUGUAGUAAUUGUUUAAUGCUUAGUAUGACCAGUGAAACCAUCUCAUUAGCUGCUUCUCUCUCGGCCUCCAGCUGCUCACAUGUCACCAAUGUUGAAGUCAGAGAAAGUAUUUCAAGCUUAGUGAGCUCUGAACCUUUUUUCAGUUUGUCUUUUCCUUUACAAAGAGACGAUACUGUAAUCGAAGCAUGACAGGUUGUCAGAUCAUUACAAGGGUUAUACUGUAUAUUUAGAUAUUUAUAUAGAAAACCUACGAUUUUUCUAUCUUUCUCUCUUGCGCCAUCUAAUAUAAGUUUUGGUGAAGAAAUCAACAUGCGUCAUAAAGAUAAAGCAAUUAAAUGUUCUAAUGAUAAGUGUGAUAAAUGUACUUAAAACCUGGAUUUCUAAAACUGUGACAAAACACAAACCAAAUGUGGAGCAAGCUGUUGCCAGUCCGGUACUAACGCAGAUUUCCUCAAUCAGGUCGUCUUUAAUGUGUGGUGCUGUGUAGAUGUACUGCACUGACCAUGCACAACACUACUCUUUGGUACUCGCUGAUACAGUGAAUCGGUUCAUCUUGAAAAAUCUGAAUUCCACAAGGAUUUAUUUUCUUUCCAUCCAAGAAACACAACAAGCUUCUCUGAAAGUUCAUGUGCAUUUUCCUGUAAGGGGAUUUUUCAAGAUCUCAAAUAUAUAGAUCUUCUUCCUCAUACCUGUGAGGCUUAGAUGCUUCUUGUAUAAUGAGCUGCACAGUCGUCAUCCCCCGACAGCUCUUUCCAGGUUGGCCUGAUAAAGGAAAUUAGAAAAACGGUCAUUUCACCUGACAGCCGAGUGAAGCCUGCUGCCACCGGCUCUAAACUGCACCUGAACCGUUCUUUGCUGGCCUGCUGGGAGACACCGCCUGCUCUGCUCCUGCAGAAAGGCUUCAAACUGUUUGAGCACACCAGUUUGUCGGCUGAAAUGUUGUGGUGUGUGGAAGUAAAUUUGAUUUUGCAUUGAACAGGUGAAAAUAGCACAAAAAGCUUUACCAGUAUAUUAAAUACUUUGACUUUAAUGAAGUACAAAUAUUUCAACACAAUUUAUGCAAUCUUUAACUUUUGUGACAUGAGUAAUAUCGUUAUACAGGAAUAGAUAGGAAUCUGCUCAUUUGCUUUCUUGUCGAGAAGCUGGAUACCACAUAUGUUCUUUAUUCUAAAUUUGCAGCACUAGCUAGUUAGCUUAGCUUAGCAAAGGACUGGAAAUGGAGGGCAGCAGCUGGCCAAUCGUAACACAUGUCCGCCUGCGCCUCCAUAGCUAAUAAGUUUACUAAUUUUAAUAAUAUUGUUUGCUCAAAUUGUACUGAAACAGAAUGUCAGAAUGACCGUUUGACUGUGGGAUUACUGAUAUUUUUUACACUUGUCAUUAGUAAAACCUUAAGAAUUUAUUAAAUGUAGUGGUCUGUAUCGAUUCUGGUGUCAGAAGCAGUAUCAGUUUCCCCUCGCCUCCACAUUUUGCUCCACUCUUUAAAUAUCAAACUAUUCCUUUUAAAUUCAAAGCUGUGUAGACAGACCUACUCCUCAGAUAAACCUGCUGCACACCCACAUGACGAUUCCUGAAGCUGUGUCACAAAACCAUGUGACCUCAACACUACUCUGCCGAUGUUUGUGCACGUCACCUUGUGCUGUUGAGACUCCCCCUCUUAUCCAAGCGUGACCUGUCGUCCUUGUAGUUCUUAAGUCUUAUUUCUCCGCUUUGUGUAUUGAGCGUGUUAAAGAGUAAAUGUACCUCUUGAAAGCUGAGGUGUGUAUGUGAGUGUGUACCCAUCCUCUCUUCUAGGCCUUGGUUGCUUCGUUAACAGCUGCCUCAGGAUCCUAGCCUGUGUGUCGGGGAGAAACCAUUUAUUUUAUAAAGUUUUUAUUUGUUUUUGUCAGUUGUGAGCUGACCGUGAACGUGGGCGGGCGGGGGACGACACCAGCAUCAUAUGUGUAUAUAUACCUAUUAUAUACAUAUAUGACAACCUUUAAAAGUAUAGGAAGGAAAAAGAAGAAUCGACUCCUGUAUUUAUUGUUGUAAAUCCUCAUGCAGUGCAAACUGGCAAAAAUCCCAAACAUGUUUUAAGUUGUCUAAUAAAGAAAAAAAAGUACCCUAUGUUUAAAUAUUGCAAGUGAUAAUGUUAGAUGAUGAGCAAUAAUUACAAAAUUCUGUACUCUUAAUGAAUAAAGAUGUAGAAAAUUUUAA